CCUGGUAGUAUUAACGGAUAAAACGCCACUAUUCUAUAGACCAUGAUGUUUUUGUGGUUAAUGCGAUUGCUUAUGGCUUUGAAUUUUGACGAUGCGUGGUUGUCCUAAGAAAUGCAUUCCUCCAUGGGAGGUACAGAGUCGUUUAGCCUACAAGCGUCGUAAAACGUUUACCAAAAAUGUAGCAUUUAGUCGCCCUCAGUUUAAAACAUUCAUGAAUCGCUGUUAUCAAGCUAUAACAAGGCAACACUCAAACAUCCUGUGCAAUUCUGCGGAUUUGCAUGGAAUAAAUGAGCCACCAUUGGUUUCAUAUGAUACUUCACAUAAGGAUUUAGUUAAAAUAGAAAAGUUGGACGAUGGUGUGUUAAACCAAUCAUUUGCUCAUCCAUCCACUGAUGGGUCCGAUGACGCUACUGCAGUGGAUAUUGGCCAAGUAUUCGAAGACCUUAAUAUCAGAUUGCAAUACAUAGGAUACAUAGGUCCAAAUAAACAUGAUAAACGCCUGAUUAUUGGGUUUGUUAACAGAAUUGCUGAGUAUCUCACUGAUUCUACACAAUGCUUCAAAUUCUUGUGUUCUAUGGUCUCAGUUGUUAAUGCAAGAGUUAGGUCUACAGCAUUGGGCGAUACAUCUAAUAUCAAGGUUGCAUGUAAAGAAUCUUUUGAACUUAUGUUCGCUCGUUUGGAUGAUAAUGUUAGUCCAUACCACUGCGUGAUGUGUUACUUGAAAUUAUGUACUUUCUAUGGUCAGAAUGUUAAAGACCUCCCAGCCAUAUACCACAAGAUGGUUACUAAGAUAGUAUACGGGGACGUGUUCAUCACAGAAAAUGAAUUGGAUAAUCUGCUUUAUACAUUUCAAAAGCUCGCCGUAUGUGACGGUCGUAUAUUGGACUACUAUUCGGAACGUAUAGCCAAUCAUUUCGAUUGUUUCUCUGAUGACGAAGUAUGUAAUUUUGCAAGAUAUCUUGUGAAAUCGUUAUAUGCACGCGAUAAAUUAGAUGAGUUUGGUGCUUCAGUGGACUAUUCAAGAGAAUUUUCAGCGUCUGAAAUAAAGGAACUAUUAGAUGGAUUCGAUGUGAAGUCAAGUGCAUACUUGCGUUGUCUAGAAUCAAAAAUGCCUACCACACUACAUCAGUAUACAUAUUUUAAUCUUAUUGAUCUAGGUGAAUUUUAUCACAUAUUUAAUAUACAAAGCGAAGUGAUCAUACGCUUUUCUACUGAACUCUGGAAAUAUCUGUACACUUUGCAGUAUGGCUAUCCAAUCAAAUCUCUAGUGGUACUAAGCAAAUUGGGCCUUAGCGAUUGCAAAACAUUUGGCCGUCUCAUCCGUAAUAUACCACAAACAUUGGCAUUCAGGUGGCCUCUGAAUCUGGUAGCGGAAUGUCUAAUAUGUUUAGACGGUGCAAAGAGUGAAAAGAUAUAUGUCAUUCUAGCUCACUAUUUAGUCAAGUCACUCUCAGCAUCAUUUAAUCCGCGUAGUACAAUGCGUAUUUUUGACUCCUUACGCUUGAAAGGAGUAGUUUUAACCGGAUUCUACCAGAAGGUAUUAAAUAUACAGGCAAACAACCCAAAAUGGUUAAAUCACACUGAACUUCUGUCAGCGGCGCGUUACGCCAAGGAAGUUGGAUUGUGUAUCAAAAAUGCAAUAGACAUAAUAGAGGCUAAAGGAGUAUCAGAACUGAAUUGUCAACAAGCUAUACAGUUGCUCUUUAUUCUCGAUGGAUCUUAUCAAAAUAUUGCGCAAAACUGCUUGCAUACAAUCAAUAGAAAUAGCAACGACGGUAACAUCGGAUAUGAAGAAUUGGUAACACUGUUGAUGGCAUGUAAAAAGCAGAAUGUUUGGCUGACCCUUAUACCUCAACUGGCGCUUAAGGCAUUGCAGCAAAUUGAAGCAAUGGACGUGAUUGCAACCAUAGAACUGUUGGAGAUGCUGUCAUUUGGAGGCCCUCUGUCCAACGUUCCACUAUUGGAAAAGCUGGAGAAAUACAUCAAUGAUUCAAUACCUGAUCUGCAACUUCGCAGUACUGGAAAGGUACUUUGGCUGAGUUUCUCAAUAGGUAUAUCACCGCAUUCGAUCUGUUUUUACAAACUACUUGCACGUUUUAAUAGUUUGUAUGAACCGGAAUACAACGAAGAUCACUAUCUUCAGGUACUCUGUGCAGCUUUGAACAACCUAGAUGGGCAUACGCAAGAUAUGCGUGUAUUUUUGAGGCAUAUUUCUCAAUUUAAAGACGUGUCUUGGCGACGUGAAGCUGACGAAAUACAAAAAAUAGCUCAUUUCAAAAAGAAUCUUGGCUGUAGAGCAUAUGUAUCAGUGUUUCCAUUUACGGCUGACAUUGAAGUAUCUACUUAUGAUUUGCUGGCAUAUAUUGGAGAUAAGAAACACUAUAGAUUGGCUAUAGUUGAUCAAGCAGUGCCUACAACGUCCCAGUCGCCCUCGUCGUCUGGAGUACAUGGUUCAUUACUGCUUGAUUUAUGCGGGAAUCCAUAUAUAACAGUGAUAGAUCAAGAAGGAAAUACACAUCAAACAUUUAAAUUCUACUAUAAGUUGCGCAACCGAUUGGUCAACAAACCAUUUGCUCACCUGCUAGAGGCUACAACUUUAAAGGAGGAAUGGAGGAAAGGUUAAACACUAUUCUAUAAAGCAUUCUUUACAAUGUGGAUUACCAAUCCGUUACAUCGCAAAAGCUCAGCCAAAGCGCCUGAGCCUGAUAGUAAGACUGAUCCAUUUCAAAGAGAAAGCGAAGAUAAUGCACGCAAAAUAUGCACAAGCAGAUUUUUUGAAAUAGAUGUAUUGGGAAGACAGACGGGUGAUGUAAGAGUUGCCCAUCGUCGAGGUUGCGCCAUUAUGUUCUGUUCAAUGUUUGUGAUUUUAGCUGUAUGCUAUAUGUGGUACCACUGCUACUACGCUUCUUGUGAAGAUUGUUCGUCGGUUCUUACACCUAUGUUAGCAGAUGAACAAACGCGGCUCGAAUGCCAUUGCUCAAAUUGCGUGGUUAACCAUUUUUUUCGUCCAGAAACGCACUUUGAAAAAUGUUACUAUUCUCAAGUUUUAUUUUCCGGCUUCGUGGUCCUUUUCAUUUUCUAUUUAAUAAAAAGUUUGGCGUUCCACAUAUUCCGCCAUUCAAAUAUUGCGCAAAGGGACUAA